GUCUAGCGACUGAGCUACGACUUCCCCGCGAUCCGGGAUGCCCCUGUAAACCCAAUGGCACCAAGAAUAGUAAUGCGUACCAAGCGGUGUUGCUAUCCCAGAAGUGACUCUCAAGAGACCCUUAAGGUAGGACCACGGCCUCCGCGAAUUUCAAUGUGUCUUGUCUCACGACCGAGUGGUACGACUACGUCUGAUUCAAGAAGUCAAUCCGCUCUAUCACCAACAUAAUUUGCCACAACCACGCGUAAUGGCACCAUCACUUGGUCGACGCAAGCUCCCCGUAAACGGCGAUGCAUCUACGAAAGCGGGCAUUAUCGCUAUGAUCACCGUGGUCUCUGUCUUUUGCCUCGUCAUAGUCGGACUCCUCGUGUUCAAGCACUACAAACAACGUCAAUAUCACUCGCUACCUCAAAGAAGCAGCCUUCGUUCCUCAACUACCGAACUUGUUAAGUGGAAGUCAAACAACACGUCCGAGCAAAAACUGGAGCAAGAAAACGAACUACAAAGAAUCACAAUGAUCAGAAAGUCCCUGGCCAGCCGGACAUCGAAUCAUACACUACGCCAAGACACAAGAUCGAGUCCAAGAUUGGAUUUUUUAGACUCGGACUCGGAUGACGGCUCGAGACCCUGCAGUCUCAUCAGUGAAUACAAAGAGCUCGAGGCCGGUCAUCAAAGCGACAGGGCUGUGUCUUUAGAGAAUCAUCCCGCGCUCAAACAAACGCAUGCAAGCGAACUUCGGACAGGCUUGCCUGGUCCGCGAGGCGCUUUCCGUGCAUCAUCUGGCCCUUCGUCUCUGGGACAUAGCGUCGUUGUGAUGCCGCCUCCAGCCGUUGCAAAUCCUAGUCCACCGCCCUAUGACCGACAAAACAGGCAUACAUUGCAACAUGUCCCACCUCCUCGCAAGGCACCGGCGGUCGACUCGCGCGGAGUACAGCGUAUCGCGCAGCCAAGGCGGGCGACGUUCGGCGUGGUAGUGCCCGCGAAGCGAUCUGCCACAUUCGACAGUGUGCCAGAAGAAUACAGUAGCGUGGGUACAUCAGAGGAUGGUGUGCCCGGCAGGACUUGGAUAUAAUUGUACUGAUAUAUAGCAUUGGCAUUGCUUUGGCGGGACUGGUUACCAGUAGAGCACGGCGUU